AUCCUAUCGUGCUCCGGGCACAUUCGAAUCGUGCGCGGAAAAGUUUUCUUCCGCCUGGGGGCUUUCCAGUUCGACUGGUACCGCAUGCGCCGAUUCGUCCUUACCGUCAAAAUGAUCCAGGACGCCAUUAGCGCGUAUAAACUGUACAGCCUGAACGCGGAGCUGUUUAUAAACACAUGCGAUCUGCCAACCAGCAAGGCGGACUCGGUCGCGCGGCAGGAUCGCGCGGGAAUGCCUUUGUUCAGUCCGCACGUCGUCCCCGGCUCGCUCGAUAUUCCGUAUCCCGACCCCGUCGAUCUGUCCAAGAGCUACUUCCGAGACGUUGAGGAUAAGGUCCCUUGGGAGCAAAAGCAGGGCCGGGCGGUGUUCCGGGGCGGGAUGACAAACUACCACAUCGCCAUGCCCAUGCACUGGCGCGCCAGCCCUCGCUUCCGCGUGCACCGCAUGGCAGAUGCCCGCCCGGAUCUGCUAGACGCGCGCGUCAUGAGCGGUGUGGAUGUGAGAUGGCGUGAGAGCUUGGAGGCGGAUGGGGUGCGGCUGGGCGGGAGAUUAAAGCCCGAGGAGCUGCAGGGGUUUAAGUAUGAGCUGGAUGUGGACGGCGGGACAGGGAGCGGCCGGACGUGUGGGAUUCUGGCGAGCAAUCAGGUUCUGAUCCGCCAGGCCAGCGAGUACUAUCAGUUCUUCGACCCGCUGCUGUGCCCUAUGAAGCACUUCCUCCCCACCCACCGCUACUUCAACAACCUUUACUCGCAAAUCCAGUGGGCCCGCGCCAACGACCAACGGGCACGGGAGAUUGUUGCGGCUGCCAAUGACUUUGCCAGUCUCCUUGCCCCUCCCUUCCCCUCCCCCACACACCCUCUCCUUCCUGUAACUAACUUUGCCCGGUUCAUCGCAGUUUCUCCCCGCACCAUUCCCCCUCAAUUUCUCUCAUUUCUUCCCACACUUGUUUCGUCUCUCAUCCCUCCUCUCUCAUUCCUCCUCUCUCAUCCCUCCUCUCUCAUCCCUGCUCUCUCAUCCCGCUCCCAUCCUGCAGCACCCUGUGCACGUGGGAGGGGUGCCAGCUAUUCUGGGCUAUUUUGCUCGUCAAGUACCCCAAAGUGCCUUAAAGCACAGCGCCAGCAUCACAGCUCCGCCUCCCCUGAUGCCCCUGGGUCGUUCCCCCCCUCUCUAACCAUUUUCUCAUGUCUUUCCCCCCCUGUUUCCUCUCUUAUCCUUCUCCUCCCUGCAGCACCCUGUGCAUCACAGCUCCUCCGGUCCCCCUUGAGGGUACUUCUCCCACUCUCACACAACUUUCUUCUCUAUUCCUCACUUCGUCUCGGGCUUCUCUUAUCCUCUCCCCUCAUGCAGCACUCUCUGCACAUGGGAGGGACGGCGUCUCUUCUGGGCUAUCCUGCUCGCUAA